CAUGAGUCAAAUUAAUUAAGGUGAUGAUAUGGCAAACGUAAUGUCUGAAUUUCUUUUCUUAAUUUUAUUUUCAAGUCUUGUAAUCCAAGGUACUAGGUCUCAAAAGAAUGAUGCAGCCUUGUUCAUAUUUGGAGAUUCACUACUUGAUGCUGGUAAUAAUAAUUACAUUAAAAAUCCUAUUGGCAGAGUAAAUUUCUGGCCGUAUGGAAAAACUUUCUUUAACUAUCCUACGGGAAGGUUCUCCGAUGGCAGAAUAAUUCCUGAUUUUAUCGCUGAGUACUUGAAAUUACCAUUUAUUUCACCAUAUCUCGAACCUGGUAAUGAUCAUUACACAAAUGGAGUGAAUUUUGCUUCAGGAGGAGCAGGUGCUCUUGUUGGAACCUAUCCAGGAAGGGUCAUAAACCUUGAAACUCAAGUGGUUAAUUUCAAGAAAGUGAAGAAGCAACUAAGACAGGAACUAGGUGAUGAAGAGACCAAAGCAUUAUUGUCCAGAGCCAUUUUCUUAAUCAGCAUUGGAAGCAAUGAUUAUGUAUCGCCUUUCUCGACAAAUUCUACCGUGCUUCACCAAUAUACCAGACAAGACUACGUCGGCAUGGUCAUCGGCAACCUUACCGUCGUGCUAAAAGAAAUGUACAAGCAUGGAGGAAGAAAAUUUGCAAUUAUAGGCUUGACUGAGUUGGGCCGCGUACCGUUAAUGAAAGCACUUAGUGAGCGGAUCAACGACUCCGGUGGAAGUUUGAAAGAAGUUACAGCUCUAGCAAAAUUACACAACAGAGAACUCGCUAAAGCGCUUGAAGAGUUAGAGACAGAGCAAGAAGGAUUUAAAUAUUCAAAUUUUGAUAUAUAUACUUCAGCAAAUGAUCGAAUUGACAACCCUUCAAAAUUUGGGUUCAAGGAAGGGAAAGAAGCAUGCUGUGGCAGCGGUCCAUUCAGAGGAUUUACAAGCUGUGGAGGAAAAGGAGCAAUUAAAGAGUAUGAAUUAUGUGAAAAUCCAAGUGAUUACUUGUUUUUUGAUGGAGUUCAUCCUACUGAAAAAUUCAAUAAUCAACUUGCAAAUUUGAUGUGCACCGGAAAUCAUAAGGUCACAAACCCUUACAAUCUUCAACGGCUGGUUGCUGCAUAAAGUACUGAUGCAAUUUUGUUAGAUAAAUAAAUAAAUUUUAUAUAAUUUCUUUUUGAAUUAAAUUGCCCGAUUGAUUAAAUUAUUCCAUGAUGUUUACUGUUUGUUAGGUAAAUGAAAAACUAUAUGGUUUAUUCUGAUUGUCUCAUAUUAUAAUAGCAAAAUAAAUUAAGACAA